AUGCUUUCGGCAGCGAACUGUCUCCUACUGGUAGUCUCGGCAUGGGCUAUAAAAAGUAUGAAUCCGUGGCCUGUAAACUCCCAAAACUAUCAAAAUGCUCCAUAUGGUCAUAUACGCUUUCCAUACCAUGCGUUUAAUGAUAGGUUUCCUGGUUUUUCAGAUCACGGGAAUGGUGGAAGUCGUUCUUAUAGUCCUUACCAAAGUCCGCAAAAUCCUUCUCAAUGGCCUCAAGGGAACGGUGGAAUUCCUCCUGCUAAUCCUAACCUACAAUUGUCUUUUUAUUGUUAUAAAGUUCAGCCAGGAAACCGUAUAACUUCUAAGAAACCUUACCAAGGGCCGCAGCUUCACUGUUAUCGAUCAGGAAGCGGUGGAUUUCCUAUCAACAAUCCUCACGCCCAGCCGUCUUUAUAUUGUUAUUUCUGGACACCAGAAAACGGUAGAAACUCUUCCAAUAAUCGCCAGCCGCUUUUUUACUGUUAUAAAUGGCCAUCAGGGCAAUCCAGAGGUCCAUGGAAUCUAGUAGCUCCUCUGCCACCAGGGUCAGAAGUUCCUACUCUGCCACCAGUAAGCCGUCCAUUGCCAGGAAACUUUACUCAGCCACCAGUAAGCCGUCCAUUGCCAGAAAACUUUACUCAGCCACCAGGAAGCGGUGGAGUUUCUCCGGUGGAUAGCAAACAUGUUUUCAAUUUCAACUCUAAUAUAAACUCCGUCAAUUAUGGUUCACUCAACAUCGCCAGUGGAGUUUUUCCAUGGAGUCAAUUAAUCAACCACACAAUGCCACAAAAUCUCGGAAUAAAUGGGCAAGAAAAACAGCAAAAGGGAUCAAAGACAGACUAUACAAUAGAAGUCAAGAUCCCGCUACUAGAAGCACUUUUCCCGCAACUACAAGCAUUUCUAAGCUCUUGGUUCAAACAGCAGACAACCACCAAAGCGCAAAAGACAACUACCAAAGCGCCGAAGAAGACAACGCCUUCAGAUAAAAAGGAAGAUUCUUCUGAAACGGUCCCGCCGUAUCCAACAAAGAUAUAUAAUCUAACUCGUGUAACACCAUCUCCUGCGCAGUACGGACCGUUAGCAAUGGGAGAAGUUUUGCAGUCGAAGGGAAGUAGUCAAGAACAAUUCAGGGGAUCUGAAACAAAUUCGACGAUUUCUGAAGACAAGGAGGAAGUUUCGGCAAAAUAGUCGCUGGUGGAUGUUGGAACUUGGAAAUCGGCCUAGAGUGAAUUAUUGAUUUGAGUUGAAUGAAUUGAUAGUGAAGCAUUUCAAAGCAUUCUAGCCAUGUAUGUCCUUGUGAAUAAAAUUUGGAAUC